CGAGAUACAUAUACUAAACUGGAUCUUUCUUUGUUGCAACGUUUACAGAAGCUCCAUGUAUACGAACGCUAUGUAGAACUGCUACCUUUGUGUGGAUUUUCGGACAUGAAGUCACUUACAUUGUACUGUAAAUGUGAUGGAUUGGACUUGCAAUCAUUUAAGAAUCUGCGUGGACUUGAGCUUGGUGAACAUGUGACCUUGGUAUCAAAUGCUCUAUAUGAGCUCAAUAACCUGGAGUCUCUAUCAUUAAAAUGUAAAUAUGACGGGUUAGAUUUGACGAGUUGCAAAAAUCUAAAGGACAUAAUUCUCGGUAAACAUAUAACACUAUUACCAUUUGCUCUGCGAGAUCUUUAUCAAGUGCAAAAAAUAAAAUUGGAGUGUAAAUGUGAUGGAUUGGACUUGACAUCAUUUAAGAAUCUGCGUGAACUUGAGCUUGGUGAACAUGUGACCUUGGUACCAAAUGCUCUAUAUGAGCUCAAUAACCUGGAGUCUCUAUCAUUAGCAUGUAAAUAUGACGGGUUAGAUUUGACGAGUUGCAAAAAGCUAAAGCGGAUUAAACUGGACAAGCAUGUUAAAUUAUUACCGAAUGCACUUCAAGAGCUUCGAAAGUUGGAUCAUCUCGAUUUAAGAUGCAUGUGCGAUGGGUUGGACUUAUCAUCUUGUACAAAUCUAAAGGACAUACGUCUCGGUGAACAUAUAACACUAUUACCAUUUGCUCUGCGUGAUCUUCAUCAAGUGCAAACAUUAAAUUUGAAGUGUAAAUGUGAUGGAUUGGACUUGCAAUCAUUUAAGAAUCUGCUUGAACUUGAGCUUGGUGAACAUGUGACCUUGGUACCAAAUGCUCUAUAUGAGCUCAAUAACCUGGAGUCUCUAUCAUUAGCAUGUAAAUAUGACGGAUUAGAUUUGACGAGUUGCAAAAAGCUAAAGCGGAUUGGACUGGACGAGCAUGUUAAAUUAUUACCGAAUGCACUUCAAGAGCUUCGAAAUUUGGAUUAUCUCGAUUUAAGAUGCAUGUGCGAUGGGUUGGACUUAUCAUCUUGUACAAAUCUAAAGCACAUCAGUCUCGGUGAACAUAUAACAUUGUUACCGAAUACGCUGCGUGAACUACACAACAUGAGACAUUUACAAUUAUGCUGUCAAUAUGAUGGGCUUGAAUUGUCAAUGUAUCGCAAGCUUGUGCAUCUUAUGCUCGGUAAAAAAGUUACUUUGUUACCGUGUGUAUUACGUGAUCUUCCGAAGCUGAAAUGUCUUACACUAUAUUGCAAAUAUGAGGGGCUGGAUUUGUCAUCUUGUCACAGUUUAAAAGAAAUUAAGCUCGGUAAAUUAGUUACAUUGUUGCCUAAUUCUCUACGUGAUCUUUCAAACCUGGAAUAUCUGACACUAAGAUGCAAAUGUGAAGGGCUUGACUUGUCUUCGUGGCAGAAUCUUCUGACUCUUAAGAUCGGUAAACAAGUAACUUUGCUGCCGAAUAGACCGGAGAAUAUUCGUGAACAAGUGUCGUUCGAAGAUGACAUAGAUAGCGACACCGACGAUGAAUUCUCGUCCGAGGAUAGCGACACCGACGAUGAAUUAGAAUAUUUCCAUCGGCGGAGGGUUCGGCGGAGGGUUUUGGCUUUGACGUUAAGCAAACUGUAUGUAAUGCUGUAGUGUAUGGCGAGUUAG